UUUGCCAUGUCAGCUGACAGCCACCAUCUCCACACUCCUUCUUAUGAGGAUUCACAGAGCUCUACUUGUCACAAACUCUUGAAUGUCAACAGCCACCCCCUGUCAAAGAGCUCCUCAAAUCUGGCCUGUACUGAAAAAUCAAGGUUAGAGGAAAGGCAAAGCAACAAACAGGAGCUGAAGAAAAGCCAUAGUAGCACCAUCUGCCAUACCCUGAGGAACAAGAGUGAUGCAAGGAAUGGGGCAAGUACUGAAUGGUCCUUCUCACAGCCUGAGAUGAUGGGACUUGGAUCAAUGGUCCAAACCGUAAGUGACCAAUCAGCCAAUGACAAUUCACAGAGCAGAACUAUGACUACGAACCAUUUUCUUACCACUGAACACUCCACAGCAUCCUGGGAGGCAGGGGACACCAAAAUGUGUGUGAAGAGCAGUACUGUUGAGAAUGUUUCUUCAGCCUGCAUUGCUAGCCAGCAAAGCAUGUGCAAAAUGGAAGAACCAGGAACAUCCCUUCAGAGAAGCCACUCAGACCUAACUUGCAGCUGCAAACAGCAGAUUUGUGUCACUCAUAUAGAAACCAGUGCUACUCACUCCAGUCUGAGCAUUCCUAGCUGCCCACACGGCCCUCCAAUGGCCUGGAUGUCUAUUCAAACACAGAGAUGUGGAUCAGAAGCAAAUGAAAAUACAUCUCACUAUCAAAACCUUGUCACUCAUUAUCCAGUUCUACCUAGAGACCAAAAAGUACCUACAAAUAGCUUUGACAGCAGUAGUGUUCCUCGAAACACUACUGUUUACACAGAUCCUGGAGUAUUUCAUACUGCUGUUCUAGGACCCCACAUGCCUGGAAAUGAUUUCUCAAACAGGACAGUGUUCAGUCAAGCCACUGGGAUUAUUCACAGUGGUCUGACUUACGGUAAUAUCCCAAACUCUGCAUACUCCCCCAUGGUGAUAACAGUUCAUAACAACUCUGCAGGGCCCUGUAAUGUAAGGCAGGACCCUUGCAUGAAAGUAGAUGCCACCAUCCCUGCCUAUUGCCAUUCUUUGCCCAUACCAUCAAUACAACUUGUUCCACGGUUGGUGUGCUCAGUUAGUGAGUCAGGAAGAGAGCAGGCAACAUCGGGCUACUUUCAUUCAUUUUCUACAUCAGACAUUCUAACAUAUCCUAAGCUGGUAUCUUCAGUAAGUGAGUCAGGCCUGGAUGCCAAGAGAGUCCUGAAGUGCUGUAGUGUUCCUGGAGAACAACUGCAAAAUGCUCAACAGUGUUCCCAGCAGGAGAGAGCUGCUCCAGAACCAAAGGCUGCCUGUGUUGCUUUCAGUAGCCAGCAAGGUGCAGACAUAAUGACAACCAAGGAUAUGUGGACGAUGACCUCUAUGAAUGAUUUAACCAAAGGACUGAAACCAGCUCUUGAGUGUAGAGAUGCUGAGGUACAAACUCUUCCAACCAUGGAAUGCAAAUCUGUGGCAACAAGCCCAGCAGCUGCAGCAGAGGGGCACACACAUGUGUUUCCAGAGGUGAACCUAGAGCAAGACUUGGAAGCCCUCAAAUCUCCAGUACGUGAAGUGAGAUGGGAUGAUGAAGGAAUGACAUGGGAAGUGUAUGGGGCAUCUGUGGAUCCAGAAGUCCUUGGGUUAGCCAUUCAAAAACAUCUUGAGAUUCAAAUAGAACAAUUCCAGACCGAGCCUGCCGAGGUGCCUGAGAAAAGGAACGAGGAGCCACCUUCUGAUAAAACGGGGAAAAAGAAGCCGUUCAGAACGAUGAUGCAUUCCCUGAGAUAUCCAAGCUGUUGUGCUCGUUCCAGCACUGCAGUGGAAUGAGCACAGAUGUAGGACAUUGGACAGCUGUGCUGCUUUUAAACUGUAAAUAAAUGUUCACUCUUAAGUGUUAACACAGUACAUCUGGACAAGCCACUACUUCAGGAUAAGUGGGAAAAACAAGGAAUAACCCAUGGCUGGGCCAUAUAACAAAGGGUGCAAAGCUGUAGCUACAUCAUGCCCAUCUGAAUGCUCUUGAGUGUAUUUAAUGUAGCACUUUUUUAUUCCUCUAUCUUAAUUUUAAAUCCUAUUGCAAGGACUGAGACUUCUUUUCUAAAUGAUAUGUCUUUUUAAAAUAAUGAUGACUGGUCCCUGUAUUUUAAAUAACAUAGGGUUAGAAAACAAAGUUAGAAAAUGCUCCUUUAAUCAAAGUUCCUAUCUUUCAAUCAUGCUCCCUUAAACUAUUUUGGCAGUUAUUUUACUGUUAGUUUAUAUUAAUGCUGACUCUAAGUCUGCUUUAACUGUACAGAAAAUUGCAAGAUAGUGCAAUGCUUCAUGACAAAGAAUUUAAACAUUUGCUACAUAAUUCUGUGAAGAAAUUUCAGGACUGCUGGGCUGAAAUCUUCCCUUUGCAAGCCGGUGUACAGCUGCAGGAUGCUCCUGCAACUUUCAGAGUAGUUUGUAGCUCUGAUGAAUUCUACUGUAAAUGUCCAGAACUGAUGUUUACCAAGUGAUUGACACUAAUGUACAAUAUUACCAAAGAUGACUCAUGUAAUGUGAAUUUUGCUUAUUGAAUGCUUGUUCUAAAUACAUGAAAAAAGGCUGUUCAGAUUAGUCUGUCACCCCAUUAUGCCCUACAAAUCAUAAGCAGUUUUGGUUUGGUUGCAUUUAAAGCAAUUCCCAGUGAGUUCUUUUUGUGUGCACCUGUCCUGAACAGUGGUGAUUUUGUUAUUGCAUAAACCAUUAGCAACUGUUUGCAUGUAACCUCUGCUCCUCUUGUGUUCCCUCUCUGCUCUGACCUCGUGUCUGCUGAAAGUGUGACACCAGAGUACAGCUCUAAAGUUAUUUGUUCCAAGUGCCUUGGUCAUAUGGGCAGCUUAAAGAAGCCUUUUUCUUUGCAAAUAACUUUGCAGGGAGAAAACUUUUCUGAUACUGUAGUGCAACCCUGGUGCAGGGCCUGUUAGAAGUGAAAGAUUUGUUAAGGAAGCUGAGACUAUUUCCAGUGUCACAUGUGGCCUUUGGUCAAUGUCUUGGAAAAUAUUUCUUGAGGAAACUAGGAAUAUUUCUGAUGAAGAAAGAGGAGGAACAUUGAUUUCUGUCUCAAAGGAAAAUGUUCAGCAUCAGAGAACUCAUUGCUGUGGAAUUAUCCAUUCUUCCUUUAAAUGUGUGUGGUCAUGCUUUUAUAGUUUUCUUUUCUAUUCCAGUAAGUUAGUGGGCUGUCCACAUGAUGUUCACCUGGCAUUUAUAUAUGAACAGGAGCCCCUGGUGCUUAGAACAGCUUUAGAAUCUCAGGUAGAAGAUCAUAGUCUCAUCAUAGAAUCAUAUGAUGGCUUAGGUUGGAAGGGACCUUAGACAUAUCUACUCCAACCUCCCUGCUACGGUCAAGGAUGCCUCUCAACUACACUCAGCUGCUCAAGGCCUUAUUCAACCUGGCCUUGAACACUCCCAGGGAGGAGGCAUCCACAAUCUCCCUGGGCAGCCUAUUCCAGAGUCUCACCAGCCUCAUACUGAAGGACUUCUUCCUAAGAUCCAGUCCAAAAUCCUUAAAUAUAGAACCUGCUACUUGGAAUGCACUGUGAUGCAGUAAUUUAAUAACAUAGAGUAGAUAAUUACCAAAUUUUCUUUCCCAGCCAAAGCAGAAUUAAGCAGAGCUGGCUCCUGUGAAGCUGGGUUUGAGUUCAGGAGGCUUCAUUCAGGCCCUGGGACUUCAGCCUCAGGGAAGUCUGAACUCAUUGUGUUUUAUACAAACCAAGUGUGAAACCAUUGGAAUAUGAUGCCUUACUCAGGAUGCCUCUAUAGCUGUGAGCAUCCAAGUUUUGAUGUUGAUCCUAGAUGUUAAAUUUCCUCUUAUUACUAGAAGAAGGUAAUGAGUAACUAAAAAAGUCACUUCUGCUGUUCUUUAGUGUUGAGCAAAACAGUUUCUAUAUGGGCUUAUUUUAUGAUCCACAGUGUCAUAAGCAGUACCAAAUGUUGGUUUCUACCUUUUUUCAAGUACUAUGCUUCAAGAAUUUUAAUCAUGAUAGUGGUCUAAACCCUUGUGUUGUCCAUUAGCUUGUCUUUGGGUGUGUGGGAGAAUUAAAGACUUGAACAGUAAAACUGAGGCUUUAAAAUAGCAAGUGUACCUUGCUCCUGUGACCAUCAUAACCCAUACUUUUAAGCUAUCUGACAUGCGCAAUAAUCCUGGUUCUCUUUCUCACCACUCUCAACAAGCACCCCUCCAAAACAAAGCCCCUACUUCUAGGUAGAUGAUAAAAUAGAACCAGUAUUAAACUGGUUUGCUGAAGGGACUAAACUAAUACUGUGAAGUCCCUUGAGUGCUGUGGCUGUUGUAUACCCUAAAAGCUGGAACAACUCAUAUUUCACAGGGCUCUGGUAUGAAUUACCAAAGGUUUAUGCAUUGUUACGGAUUUGUUUU